AUGGCUGACUAUGAGAGAGGAGAUGAUCUAUCAGAUAAUGCUAUGAUGGUGACAAAAGAUGAUCCUGUGACUUAUGAAGAAGCUGUCAAGAGUAAGACAUGGAGGGAUGCAAUGAAAAAGGAGAUGGUAGCCAUAGAGAAGAACAAAACUUGGGAACUAACGAAUUUGCCAACAGGUAUGAAACCAAUUGGAGUCAAAUGGAUAUACAAAACCAAACUCAAAGAAAAUGGAGAAAUUGAUAAGUUCAAAGCAAGAUUAGUUGCUAAAGGGUAUGCACAACAGUAUGGAGUGGACUACACUGAGGUAUUUGCACCCGUUGCUAAAAUGGACACAAUACGCAUUCUUGUAUCCAUAUCUGCUCAACACGGCUGGAGUAUUUAUCAACUGGAUGUGAAGAGUGUGUUUCUUCAUGGAGAACUCAAGGAAGAGGUAUAUGUAUGA